AAUUCCGUCCAAUCGAAUCGAACCUUCCAAGCCCAAUUCGAAAUGUCGAUCGACUUCGUGAAAUGACCAAUUUCUAUUGAUCGCCAUUUUCAUCGUGGUGCAUUGGAGAAAGAUGAAGGCGGCAAAGGUUGCUUCGGCAAUAAGGGCUUCCUAUUCUCCCCGGAAAGAAGAACUUGGUUCAAAGUGUAUAACUGUAGAUACUCUGUGCCAACUGCGCGCAUGGAACUAUCGCAAAUGUAGAGCCAAGGUUGCUAUUGCCACCUUGGUAACCGCUACUUUUUAUGUUCCUGGUGCUCUAACUUUGUUGAAAAGCUUUCAGGGUGCAGCCAAGGAAGAACUCUCUGCCAAUUUUGACUUUGAUUGUGUUUGUCUAGUUACUGAUAGAGUAGAAGCAUCGGAAGUGCGUUACUUGAAACAAGCAGGCUGGCUCAUAAAACAUGUCCACCGUCUCCCAGUAUUGGGUUGUUCUGAAGAAGAUUUGGUAAGCGAACAUUUUAUGGAAUGCUAUCAGAAACUCUGGUUGUGGACUAUGGAAGAAUAUGUCGGUAUCUUAUAUAUUGAUGCUGAUGCUAUUGUUACGAGGCCAGUUUCUCACAUUUUUCGUGCACUGAGCUUUUCUCCUAUAGGUUUUGCUGCUGCUCCUGAUUGGGAUUUGGACAAACGAUGUUUCUAUAAGGACUACUUCAAUGCUGGUGUAUUGGCUAUUCGUCCCUGUUUCCCUAUAUUCGAAGACAUGUGUAAGAAACUUGCUAAUCAUAGACCAGUAAAUGGCUUUGCAGAACAAGAUUUCUUGAAUGAUUAUUAUGCUCGAGAUAUCUAUCAAAUCUGGUCAGGAUUUCAUGUUGGCAUGACUUGGUUACAUCCGGGAUGUAAUGCUCUCAAGUUUGUAUACGUGGAUAGCUCUCAAGUAUGGAAUUCCAUAUAUGACACCAUUUGCAUCGUCCAUUACGCCCAUAAGAAACCUUGGAAAUUGUUAAAGAACACCAGCUGUCUUCAUGUUGGACUUUCUUAUGAACCCGAUGAAAGAAGAGAUUGUUUUGAAAACUCAAAAUGUUGGAUUCUUCAUGAUUAUUGGCAUAUUAUUCGUGCAAUGCCUCAAGAUCACAGGGAGUUUCCUUUCCCACCUCGUGCUGUUCCAGAUAGUUAUAAUCCUCUCCAAGAAUACCGCAGACUUGAUCAAGUCAUCGAAAGAUACAUUCCCAAAGCGGACAAAUCAGAAGGUCAUUGUGGUCAUCUAUCCUUUAUGCAACUGUCCAAUCUUAUAUGGGAUCUUUACAGUUCUAAAGAGUUCCAUUAUGAUGUUGCAAUGCACUUUUUAAGUAAUCCAUUGAGAAUGCAACAUGUCAUACAAAGGGUAACCCCACAAGUUGAUUGAAUUUUGGGAAGAAAGUGUUUAUGAAAACA